AUGACCGAGAAAACUACCAGACGCAGCAACGUCACAGUGGCCAGCGGCGAUGUCCAGGACGUCAAACAGAUCCCCAGAGAUCGCGACAUUGCCGCCGAGCUGACUGAGCAGUUCUCUAACGAGCCCGGAUUUGACCGUGAAGAAGAACAAAAACUGCGAUGGAAAAUCGACAUGCGCCUGAUUCCCAUCCUGUUUAUGAACAUUACGCUUCCAGCAAUGGACAAGGUCACACCGUCUACUGGCGCGCUGUACGGUCUUCGUGAGGACCUCAAUUUGAAAGGCGAUCAGUACGCUUGGAUAGGGUCUGCAUUUUAUUUCGGCUACCUUUUUUGGUGCUUCCCCUCAUCCCAGAUUCUCCAGCGUCUUCCGGUCGCAAAAUCCAUAUCUGGUACGAUGGUUGCCUGGGGCUUGGUCCUCAUUGGUGCUGGCUUCAGCAAGAGUUUUGUUCCCAUGGUUAUCACGCGAAUCCUGCUGGGCGCCCUCGAGGCCCCCGUUGCGCCGGGCAACUUCCUUAUUAUGACCAUGUGGUAUACGCGCAAGGAGCAGCCUGUUCGGACAGGCCUAUUCUAUACCGGCCUUGCUACUCUCAUUACCGGAUCUCUUGGCUGGGCUGUUGGUUUUAUCCACUCAGACUUGGCCUGGCGCAGCUUCUUCUGGAUCACUGGCGUGAUUACGCUCAUCUAUGCCGUUAUUGUCGGCAUCUUUCUCCCCGACAACCCCGUCAAGGCCAAGUUCAUCUCACAGCGAGAAAAGUACGUCGCAGUCGAACGCAUGCGCGCCGACCAGCUGGGAAUCGAGAACAAAACAUUCAUUAGAUCCCAGAUCUGGGAGCUGGUUAAGGACCCCAAGACCUGGCUUAUGUUCUUCUUUCACGUCUGGGUCUCUAUUCCUAACGGUGGCCUCACCAACUUUGCCCCCUUGAUUAUCAACGGCCUCGGAUAUUCGCCCCAGAGAUCUACCCUUCUCAUGAUGCCAACUGGAGCCAUUCAAACCUUGAGUAGCUAUCUCUGCAACUUCGGGGUGUACUUUUGUAUCAGACGCUUCCCCAAUUUGCAGCUGCGCGGUGCUUUCGUCAUCGGAGGCCUUGUGGUUGGCAUGAUUGCUACCGUUCUCCUCUAUACCUUACCCACCGAUGCCUAUGCCCGGAGACUAUUGGCUCUCUACUGGUCCUACUUUUACUUGGGUCCAUAUAUUGUCUCGCUAGGAAUGAACAGCGCCAACACGGCCGGACACACCAAAAAAGUCACCAUGAAUGCCGUUGUCUUUGCCGGAUACUGCAUCAGCAAUAUCAUCGCCCCACAGUUCUUCAAGGCUUCUCAGGCUCCUCUAUAUCCUCUAGGCAUAGGCGUCAUGCUAACCUCCUACGUUUUAAGCAUCAGCACCAUAUCUCUGUACAUGCUGUAUUGCUGGAAAGAGAACCGCAGACGUAAUAGGGCCGAUAGUGGUGUUGAUCAGCGAGUUCAUACGGAUACGGACUUUAACGACAUGACGGAUCAGGAAAAUGUUCACUUCCGGUAUGUGUGGUAG